AUGUAUCCGAGCAAUAUUUACAAUCCGGAUCUAUUCCCGUGUCGACCAUCCGACGGCCUUGAGCAUUCAACUAGGCUACCAGUGGUCGAAUGUGAUCGGGAAGCGGGCGACGACAAAGAAGAUAAACUUAUACUCGUCUCAAAGAGAAAACUUGUGCACACGUUUGGAUUUAGUGUUUGCUAUGCGGGUGGGUGUUCGGCUAUCGCAGAGAGCAGGUACAAGGAACGUUGGUGUGCUAGAGGCUCAUAUUUUGCUCUCGUUUGCAAGUCUUUCAAGAAUGGUUCUUUCUACUGGGACAUCACUAUGACACUCGGGAAGCUCGACUUUUUAUCGCCAAUUAAUAUGGAUCCAUCCCAUGCUCCUUUUGCGGUGCCUGAGUGCGUCGCGAUAAUCGUCUAUGACAAAAAGGUACCGUAG